UCUAGAUACUUGCUAGAGAGUAAUCUACAAUAAUUUAUAAAAGUUGUUAUAUCACCUGUCUAAAGAGAGCGUGUGUCUCAAUUCUGUGGGUGCUUUUGAUGCAAUAGAAUUUUAAGCUUCUUCCAUAGUGUUGAAGAUGGCUUGGAAGAAUGAGGAGAAUGGUUCUUUGGAGACUGGUGCUCAGGACUCAGGCCAUGCCCGCCUCCAUGAGCUCGGAUACAAGCAGGAGUUGAAGCGCGACCUCUCGGUGAUCUCCAAUUUUGCUUUUUCGUUUUCGAUUAUAUCGAUUCUUACUGGAGUUACCACUCUCUACAACACAGGGCUCACUUUUGGUGGCCCUGUUGCUACAACUUAUGGGUGGUUGAUUGCUGGUUUUUUCUCCAUGUUGGUUGGUUUGUCCAUGGCUGAAAUUUGCUCUUCUUACCCAACCUCUGGUGGCCUUUAUUACUGGAGUGCUAGGCUCUCUGGUAAAGACUGGGCCCCCUUUGCUUCAUGGAUCACUGGCUGGUUCAAUAUUGUUGGUCAGUGGGCGGUCACUACAAGUGUAGAUUUUUCUCUUGCACAAUUGGUUCAAGUGAUUAUUCUUCUUAGCACUGGAGGAGCCAAUGGUGGUGGAUAUCAAGCUUCCAAAUAUGUAGUCAUAGGUUUCCAUGGUGGAUUUCUACUAUUGCAUGCACUUUUGAAUUGUCUUCCUAUCUCUUGGUUAUCACUAUUCGGGCAGAUUGCAGCUGCAUGGAAUGUCUUAGGUGUUUUCGUUCUUAUGAUUCUAAUACCAUUUGUGGCUACCAAGAGGGCCAGUAUAGAGUUUGUUUUCACACACUUCAACUCUGAAAAUAGUGCUGGAAUUCAAAGCAGGCCUUAUAUAUUUGUCUUGGGCCUCUUAAUGAGUCAGUAUAGUCUGACAGGUUAUGAUGCAUCAGCACAUAUGACUGAGGAGACAAAAAAUGCUGACAAGAAUGGGCCUAAAGGAAUAAUAAGUGCCAUUGGUAUAUCCAUUAUUGUAGGAUGGGCUUACCUACUUGGUAUAACAUUUGCAGUAACCGAUAUUCCAUCGCUUUUGAAUGCUGAAAAUCAUGCUGGUGGUUAUGCUAUUGCUGAGGUAUUUUAUUUAGCCUUCAAGGAAAGAUUUGGGUCUGGAACAGGGGGGAUCAUUUGCUUGGGUGUUGUAGCUGUUGCCAUAUUUUUCUGUGGUAUGAGUUCAGUGACAAGCAACUCAAGGAUGGCAUAUGCAUUUUCAAGAGAUGGGGCUAUGCCAUUUUCUUCAUUGUGGCAUAAAGUGAACAAGCAAGAUGUUCCCAUAAAUGCAGUUUGGCUUUCUGUAGUAAUGUCAUUUUGCAUGGCACUACCGUCCCUUGACAGCCUGGUUGCAUUUCAAGCAAUGGUCUCGAUCGCAACCGUUGGACUAUACAUAGCAUAUGCAUUCCCAAUCUUGUUAAGAGUAACACUAGCUCGCAAGUCAUUUGUUCGAGGCCCCUUCAACCUUGGCCGAUAUAGCUUGUUAGUAGGUUGGGUGGCCGUUCUUUGGGUUGCCACAAUAACUGUGCUCUUCUCUCUACCGGUUGCCUACCCCGUAACUAAAGAUACACUCAAUUACACACCAGCAGCAGUUGGUGGUCUCUUAAUCCUCACUGUUUCCUCAUGGAUCUUAAGCGCUCGACACUGGUUCAGAGGCCCAAUUUCCAAUAUUGACUCAUAACGCGGCAGUGUAAUAUGUAUUAUUGUUUCUUUUCUAUUAUUUCAUCCAAGAAUAUUUUUCUUUCAAUUUAUAUUGCGCAAUUUCCAUUAAAGAGGAUGGGGGAUGGAACUGGAUAUUCUGUAUUUAUGUACUAUAUUUAAAUAUCAUCUAAUUCAUUCUCUGCG